AAAGUCGAAAAUGUAACGUUCGAUUACAUCCUUUCCGUACCUUUUAACAUUAGCAAUUACCAAUUUUCGACAUCACAGUCCUUCUGGCGGUUUAUAUUUCUUGUUUGUGUUUAUGGACACAUUUCUCUCCGAAGGAGAAAUCAUGCCAAGAGUUAAUGCAAGAGCAUCAUGUGGUCGAGAUUUUCAUUGCUGUCCCGACAUUUCAAUAGCGAUUGAAACUGCAUGCAGAGCUGGGUAAGAAACUCACUUGGGACUAAUGUUGAAGAAUGGACAUGGUCCUUGAAAAAAAGAUGAACCAAAUGAAUUGUUUGAACGUUUUAUUGAAUAUUAAAACAUCUUUUUUAUUUAUAUUAUUGCCAACUUUUAUGUGAUAAAGCGUAAGCAAAUAUUAAUGAUUAAAUUAUCUAAUAAUUUACCUUAAAAUAGUAAAUUUUUUUACUUAUCUGAACUUUAUUGCUAGUCUGAGUUACUAUUUUAAAAUGGAAUAGUUCAAAUAGUAGUCAAAUACUAAUACUACUUUUAUCUAUGUUAAUAUUAUUAUAUCUCCUAAUAAUUAAAUUAAAUAGUUUAUUCUUUGCAGCUGUAGGCAUAUACAAGUUUUGCUUAGGCUAUUUAAGCCAGCCUGUGUGGAGUAUAAUUUAUAAGUUUGGUGACGGGUAGGACGAGACACAGUACACACCCUAAGCAUAUUUUACACAGUGACAAUGGUUUGAGUUGGAACGCAAAGCAUCCUAUGACCACGGAGCAUCACCACAAAACUAAUAGAGCCCACGGAAGCCACAAAUAUUCAUUGGGCUCAACUUGCCCCACCCAGUCACUUUGUAUUAAAAUAUGUUAAUAUUGAUAGGCUACUUGAUAGUGAUGAUGCUGAUAUCCCUACAUACAGUGACUACGGUCUACUCAGCUGCAACUCACUUAUCAAAUUAACAAUUUAUUUAGGGUCCAGGCCAGGGUUUUCAAGUCUCAGGGGUGUGAGGUGACUUUCAAAUGGCACAAGGAAAAAAAAGUAUAAGAACAGAGGAGUCAUUAGCUUUUUAUAACUAUAAUUACAUGUCAAAUUGACAGACCUAAAAAAAAGUGUGCCUUAUAGGUUUAUCAUUCAUCAUGACUUAUUUUAUAGGCCUAUUAAAUCUGAGUAUUAGAAGAGUGGUAAACAAAUAUUCAGUCAGGGCCUAAUAAAAGUUAAUUUAAUAGUAAUAACAUCUACAUAAGCCUACCUAAAAGAAAAUAAUAAUUAAUAGAAAUUAUUGGCAGGCUUUUGUCCGUGACCAUGGCAUGGCUUCCCAUUUAAUGCAGUGGCUACUCUCCCAAGCCUCCACCCAUACUAUUCUUGAAAAUUAAUCAUAGAUAUAGAGCAAUGUUUCCCAACCUUUUCUAUACUCUGCACCCCCAACAAAUGAUUUGACUAAAUCUUACACACCCUUCAAUUCAUUUAACUAAGCGACCGUUUUCAUAUUAUGUAACACAAAGGGGUAAGUGGGGUGGCUUAUCAUAUAUAUCAGAAUGAGCUAGGGAGACCAUACAACGCUAAAAAAAAUUCCAUUUAAAUACAUUCGAAAUCUCAAAAACAAUGAAAGUGAUUUUCUAUUAAUCUACUGAAGUCGAAUAAAUUUAAUGUGCAAACAAUAAAAUAAAUCAGCUUUUAUUUUAGUAUGUUAAUGUAUUUUUAUUAUAAAUUACAAAUACAUUUAAAAUAACAAUAAAGGAACUAUUUUAAGCAUUUUAUCUGAAUUUGAAAGUAAAGAUAUUUUUUUAAUAAAAUAAUUAUGAUCAAAUAAUUAUUUGUACUAAAUAAUGAUCACAUUGAUCGGGAAUACUCUACAUCUAUUGUUGUUUUUCAGUUCGUUGUAAAUAUCUUCUUCUUCUUCUUUAUUUUGAGGGCCCACGAUCAAUGAAUUGAUCAUUCUGGCUCCUAUGUUUCAGAGGGGUUUGCGAUGUUACUGUGCAUGGGUUUCAAUGGGAUGCUUCACUGGUAGCAAGGGUGACUCAGCAGUGGUGUUACGAACUGGGGGUUGGAAUACAGGAGGCAAUAGACACAAAUGUAUCGAGUGUAGCCGCCUCAACUGUUGCUUUUGGAAGCUUGUUCCAGUCCCCUAUUGUCUUCGGCAGGAAUGAGGAGCUCCUGUACUUUGUUCUUGUUUUUACCAGCCGGAACUGUCUGUCGUGGCUUCGUCGCAGUCUAGGGGGAAGAUGAACGAGUUUCUGUUUGAUUCCGGAGCAGUGGACCAGCCCAUUUUUUAUCUUGUACAACAUGGUGAGCCUGGAUAGUCGUCGUCGUUCUUCCAAUGUAGACCAGCCCAGUGUUUCCAGCAUGCUGCCAACACUCGAGGUGCUUCUGUAACGGUUCAUGACAAAGCGUGCUGCUCGUCGCUGGACAGCCUCCAACCUGUCGAUGCUUUUCUGGGUAAAUGGGUCCCAGACUGUAGAAGCGUACUCUAAAAUAGGCCGGACAAAGGCUUUAUAAGCUUUUUCUUUCACGCUUGAGUUUCCGAUCUUCAGAUUGCGCCUUAGGAACCCCAGGGUCUUGUUUGCCUGGUUGCACACACUGUUAAUGUGCUCGUCCCAGCGGACCUCUCUUUGAAUGGUAACACCCAAGUACUUUACGGAGGAAACUUGCUCAAGAAUAUGACCAUGCAGUUCGUAAGAGUGCUUUAGAGGGAAUCUGCUUCUGGAGACUGACAGAGUCUGGCAAUUGACGGGAUGAAAUUCCAUGUCCCAGCUCAUCUCCUACUCAGCUAACCGAUUGAGGUCUUGUUGAAGCUGGCUCUGGUCAGAGCUGUUUACGAUUGUCCUAUAUACCGCAGUGUCGUCUGCGAACAGUCUUGCUUGAGAGGUCAGCUUCUCGGGCAGAUCAUUGAUAUAUGCUAGGAACAAACAAGGGCCUAGCACUGAGCCCUGGGGGACCCCUGACUUAACACCGACAUAGGAGGAGGUUUUGCCAUAACAUGGUGAGCCUGGAUAGUCGUCGUCGUUCUUCCAAUGUAGACCAGCCCAGUGUUUCCAGCAUGCUGCCAACACUCGAGGUGCUUCUGUAACGGUUCAUGACAAAGCGUGCUGCUCGUCGCUGGACAGCCUCCAACCUGUCGAUGCUUUUCUGGGUAAAUGGGUCCCAGACUGUAGAAGCGUACUCUAAAAUAGGCCGGACAAAGGCUUUAUAAGCUUUUUCUUUCACGCUUGAGUUUCCGAUCUUCAGAUUGCGCCUUAGGAACCCCAGGGUCUUGUUUGCCUGGUUGCACACACUGUUAAUGUGCUCGUCCCAGCGGACCUCUCUUUGAAUGGUAACACCCAAGUACUUUACGGAGGAAACUUGCUCAAGAAUAUGUAUGGCCAUGCAGUUCAUAAGAGUGCUUUAGAGGGAAUCUGCUUCUGGAGACUGACAGGGUCUGGCAUUUGACGGGAUGAAAUUCCAUGUCCCAGCUCAUCUCCCACUCAGCUAACCGAUUGAGGUCUUGUUGAAGCUGGCUCUGGUCAGAGCAAGUUAGUUAAAAAUUAAUUUGAUCUAAAUGUCUUCAAACUAUAUCAAAUUUAAUUUUUCGAUUGACUCAAAUAAAGAAAAAUUAUUUUAAUUUCAUAAGCGCAAAAUUUAAAUUUGCAAAACAAAAGCUUUAGAUUUCUUUGAUGUAACAACUGCGUGUGACAAAACUGAUAAUGUAUUUUCCCCUUUUUAAAAGUAAAAUUAAUAAAUAUAAUUGAUUGCUUUUUAAAUUAUUAGUUUAGCUCUGUAUUUUUAACAAUUUUUUACUUAUUAUUCCGAAAAUGUACUCUUAUCACAAAUUUAUAAAGUAAUAAAAACUUAACGUUGAAAAAUACUUUUAAUAAGAAAAUGUUUAAGUCAAUUAGUGCAGCAAAACUUCAUAAGCUAAUAGCUCUCAUUUAUUCACUUAUCACUCAUCCCAUUAAGAACAAACUAAAAAAGUUGCAAUUGUUUCAUUUUGAUAUCUAUAUCGAAAGAAACACUUAUGGGACGGAUUUAAACUUUGGUAUAGUUUUUAAUUUUAAAAUAAAUAACCAAAAUAUAUCAAUACACAGAAUUAUGCGUAUAAUUAUAUAUAUUUUUUUAGAAGAACAAUGUGUGGUAAAAGGGAUCUGGGACUUUAGAAUUUUAAUUAAGUUCAGGGAUGUGCAAAAAAUAUGUGGUUGCGUCCAUAGGGGUCUACCAACCUGUGGAUGAUUUUAUUAAUUUUUUAAAUUAAAAACUGUUGGGGAGGUGGAUUCAAUACUUUCAUUUUGCCCCAGGCAGCACAAGAAACGCCUCAGAAUAAAGGAAUGAAUUUGAUAAAUAAUUAACUUUCUUAGGUACAUAUAUAUCAGGGGUUGGAAAUAGGGUGUACUCAUUUUCAAGUGGAUGACAAUAUAUUUAAAUCCCAUGUUAUUACAGUAGUGAAAGAGAGGUUUCACAUUCUCUUGUUACAAAUAAACAAAUGUUUACCAACUAAGAAAAUCAAUGACUUUGACAAAACUUGGGUACAUUUACAUAAGUAUAGAGAUGAAUAUCAAAACCCAAUCAUUUUAGACUUAUGAAAAUUUAAUCUUAAAAAUAAGGCCAUAUUUUUUUAAAAUUUACAAUUCAUGGGCAUGAACAAAGAUGGGUUAAGAUUUUCUUUCAAAAAUUUAAAAUAUAUUUUUGUUUUCACUUUGUGAAAAGUAAAGUAAGUUUAUAUUUGUAUGAGAUCAAUAACAUUUCUUUUAAAAAAACACUUAACGCUGUUAUAGAUGUGAAAAACGGUUAAGAGAUACUUCUUUACAUAAAGGAAUUUUAUGUUUUACAAUUUUCAGAUAAUAUUGUAAAAAAAAUCAAGGCAAAAGUUUUGUUAAAUUUUUAAUGAAGAUAUCAAUUUGUCCAAUUCCGUUAACAUAAAAUAUAUUUAAAAUGGUAUAUAGAGUUUUGUUGUAAAUUUAAGAAUAUUUUUUUCACAACUUUUAGAGAAAAAAAUUGUAGUUCAAUGGCACGAAAAGGGGUAGGGUAGGCCCAACAUUAAAUAAUCAAGACAUCUAAAGUAUUUCUCUAGCGUAGAAAUCAGCCGUCACUGAACUCCUCUUAUGACAAUUAUGAUUUAAUUGGUGAUCAUUUAGAUUUGUUAAUUUAAGGUCAUGUUAAGAGGAAAAAGCUUAGGGGCGCGAAAGGGGGUAAGGCGGCGUAUAAUAUAUAGCCGAAAAAUACUUCUCAAAACUUAAUGAUGUUAGAAAUGUAAACAUCAUUACAUGAUACUUUUUAAAAUAAUGAGUUGUGAUGAGUGUUUGCAAUAGCAAGUAGGAAUUAUCGCAAAGUGCCUUCCGUCAUUAUCCCAAUAAUAUAGGUUCAUAUAUUCUAGUUUAGUUAUAUUGUGUUAUAUGGAGUGGGGUGGUUGAUAGCAAUGUUAUAUACAGGAUCCCCACACCGUUGAGAAAACAGGAAAUAGUCAUGAAUUUAUUGAAUAAUUUUCCCUGUUGUGAAAACUGGGAAAAUGAACCAUCUGUGGUGAUCUGACUUAUGACUUAUUAGUGAGGGGUAUCUCUCGUAUGAGAGCUUUGCUUGGCACUCCUGUCUAGGGAUUUUUUAUUUAAGCCAAAUUACCACACAGACAUAACAACCUAUCUAUAUACACAUAGUAUAGACUGAAUCAAAGUCUUUGUUAAGAAGAAAAUAACUAUAAGUAUUUAUUGAAUAAUGAUAUAUAUACAAAUUCUUCCGUAAUACACUAAGUGAUUAAUAAUGGUUAAUAUAUAUACAUGAAAUGGAGUUCAUCCAAUUUAGAAAGGAAUAUCAAAGCAAUGCAAGUGUCCCUAAAAUACUAACGGUAUCAUCAUUAUCAAUGCUAUAUUGCUCAAGUUUUAUUCUCAAUCUUUGUUGACUUAGCCUUUAUAAUUCCGGUGCUGAUCUCAGUGGAUCACACAGUUUGGGAUGUCCUUCUGUUCCAGAAGCGUGUCCCUGUUCCGAUCUUCGGAGCUGUUCUAAGCGUAGCGAAGUCGGAGUUCCCGGUCGUAGAUUCCGUGGGAUCUCUGCGAUGGGGAAGAUGACUCUCCAGCGGUAAAUCUUGGAAGUGAGAGUCCCUGGAUCUCGAAGUCCUUCUAGUAGCUGUCAUGUAGUUUGGUGUAGGACGUAAAUUGACAAUAGAACCCUCUCAAUCCCAAGAACCAAAACUAAGACCAUCAGUGAACGCUCCUUCUACUUCCAUGCGCCCAAGUUCUGGAACCAGCUCCCCUUCCACAUCCGUCAUUGUGAAACCUCGUCCACUUUCAAAAAGUCCCUUAAAACCCAUCUGUUUAGUUCCGGCUAUGACCUGUGAUGCAUCCUCCUUGCCCUGCCUCAUUUUCUGUCUCGGAUUGAUCCUGUAGUAUAGGCCAAAACGUGCCAAAGUGUACUCGUUUUCAUAGCCAUUUUAAUGUUAUACAUUUUUCACAUUGUAGUUACUAUUCUAGUGUCUCUGGUUUUUCAUUUUUAUUUUACUUUAGCAGUUUAAAUAGUUUACAUAUUUCUAAUAAUUGUAAAGCGCUUAGGGCUGUAAGGUAAGCGCUAUACAAAAAUGCAUAAAUAAAUAAAUAAAAUCAUUCCCCUAGUUCCAGCUUCAAGGUACCUCGGUCCAGUAAUAGAAACCUGGCUAAAGGCAAAAUGAUACAAAAUGGAUAAGUAUCCAGGCGAAUAUCCAUAAGCUGAUAAGUCCUGUUCCAACAGCAAUGAAUUCAGAUGGAUGUAAGGAAGGUGACAUAGCUUAAACAUAUACAUCCAAUUUGUGGAUAGAAUCAUAACACUGUUCUAUUAGUCUUGUCAUUGUCGGCGAGAGCAUAUGUUGCUUCGCGACAAGGUUGGACCAAGCAAACAUUUUAAUAAAUGAAGUAUGGGACGUAGAAUCAUUAUCAAUUAUUAAAUUUACAGGUUCAUAGUAUACAUAUUAUCUUCUCGUUAAAAGAGACAUGGGUGAUUUGGAACAACAACCUACCAUCCCCAUGAUGUGAUGGCGGCGUGUUGUAGCCCGCGGCAAAAGCAAUAAUGGAAUUCAUAAUGUCAAUGUAAUGUAAUAUAGGUAUUAUUAGAAUAAGAUCAAGCACGAUCGAAUAUUUGCUACAUAGUUAUAUGAACAAUGCAAGUGUAAUAACAUAAUAUCAAAAUCAUGGUUGCGUACUUACUAGUACUCUUAGUAGCAGUCGCAGUUAAUGAUCACGCUAAUGAAGUUCUAAGUCUAGAUACUUCAAGCUUCCACAAUCAAGUGAUCAGAUCUUAAAAGUCAUAUACUUGCUAAUAUCCUAGGUUGCAGUUAUGUAUCACGCUAAAGAAGUACUAAGUCUAGAUCCUUCCAGCAUCCACGGUCAAGUGAUCAGAUUAUAAAAGACAUAUUCUUGCUUGUUCGGGCUAUUAAUUUGAGUAGGGUGAUGAUUCAAUUGGGUGAUUUAAAUGUUGUAUGUUUUCCAAUCCAAUGAUAAUCACUUUUGAUAUUGCGGGUUUGACCUUCUACCCUCAAAGUUUAUCGGGCUGAGGUGAAAAUCAAAAUUCACGCUUUGGCAUGAGUUUUCUGGUUUAGAAAGUCAUAACAACAAGGGACGAUACUCCGCUUUGCUGAUUCCAGGGCAAAAAUGAUGGGCGGUAUGGUAUUAUUUUUCUGAAGGUUCAUCGGUGAGAGGGUUGAACACAAAUUCCAUGCUUUUUGGGGUGAGCGAACUGAUGUGUAAAUGCGAUAACACUAAGGGGAGCUCACUCGUGCUAUGCGACUGCAGGGCGACUUGAGGGGAGGGAAAGGUAUUAUUUUCCAAGGGUUUCCAAGGGCGGAUUUACGAUGGAAGAAAUUUUACAAAGUCCAGCCUCAGAUCGUCACACCAUCUAGUAAGGACAUUUUCAAGCUAGUCUGGAAUUUUUAAAUUUGUAAAAUCAUAAUUGACGUUCAUCGCCAAUCUUGUAUAUUUUUAGUCUUUCUGUUAUAAAAAUCUGCCAAAAUGCUAGUGUUUAUUGUUAAUUAAUAUUUAUUAUUUUUGAAAAAUUUAUGCUUUUCAAGUGUACGAUAUUAGCAUAGAUUAUUAAAAACUAUUUUUAAAAAUUUUGCUAACAAUAAUUAGCACAUUCAGUAAAAAUUCUUAUUGCUGUCUUUUUGCUUGUUUUUGGACUUUAUUCAAUUGGGGGGUUAGGGUGUCUUUGCGCUAGAAAUAUUGUAUAAUAUUAGGGAAUUUCUUUGUAAAGUUAUAAGGGGUAGGUGGUGGGUAAAAAAUGUAGUAUUUUUGUGUUAUAUAAUAGUAUAUGACCCCCCCCCCCCAAGUUUUGUAAUCCUUGCAAAGUAACAAAAAUGAUCAAUAAAAUGCAUUUUUAAAUUUUGUCAUAUUGGACUUUUUGUUUUAUUAUUGAACUGCAAAGAAAACUGUAGAGCUUAAUAAAUAAACUUGUGACUCAUUACAUAAUGUAAAAUGUUAUUGAAUUUUUUUUUUUAAUGAUAUAAACAUUUAUUUAAUAAAUUAUGUUGUAGUUUUUUUUGUAACUUUAAAUGAAUUUAUCAGUUGAUUCUAAGGUAAAAACAAAUGUUCAUUAAAAAAAAAAAAGGGUGGUAUCUUUGUUGAAGAUUUGUUUGAAUGCUUAGAAUUAAAAUGUGUAUACUAAUUAUACUAUGUAUUUUACAGCUAUGACUUUGUUUGUUUGCCUCUUGUAAAUCCACGUUUCAAGCGUGAAUUCAUGAGUGGACCAGCUAAAGACAGAAAAUGUGCUCUCACUCGUUCUGAUAUGUGCUUAUCAAGUCAAGGUAAUUCUAGUGUAAUCUAAAAAGCCAUUAACAUGCUUUGCCAUUUUUAAAAUUUAUAUACAUUCAUGGCAUUCUAUGACAGGUCCAUUGGGGCUAAAAAAAAUAUGUUCCAACAAAUAACAAGAGAGAUUUCUUUCAGUCAUAUGUAUGGUUAUUAUUGUUUAUCAUGCUAUCAAUAUAUGAAAUGUUUGACAAAUAUUUCCACAAUUUAACUCUUUAACAUACAUUGGGAUGAAAUAAAUGCAACGACACCUUAAGAGGUUGGAAUUUAAAAAAAACUUGGUAGUCAGACUGUCACCCACUGAACAAAGUUGGGCUAUUUGUAAGUCACUUUUGUCUUAUUUAAACUCUGCAAACCCCAUGCUCAUGUUAUAGGAUUUUUGCUUCAUUCUCAGAUUGGAACAGUCUUGUUGUUGGGAAGACCUCACCAUGGUUUCAACUUGAUUCUAAACACUAUCACACAAGAAAGAAUAGUGAAUUGGUGAGAGUGCAUAAAUUUGGAUGGAAAUGGAAGGCUUUGUUUUUAUGUCAGAAAUUUUUAUUUCUUUAAAAAUCAAUAUCUCCAAUUCUUAAACUUUUUGCCCUGUGUCCUCUCUAUUAAAAGAGACAAUAUGUUUACAAAAGUUAUAAUAUAACAAAAGACAUUGUGAGGGUGCCCCAAAGAAAUUUUAAUUUAAAAAAAGGGAAUAUAGAAGAUUAUCGAAGGUAUAAAACUAUGGAACGAAUUUUUUUUAUCUUAUGUAAGGUAUUGGUGGUUUUUUGUUAAAAUAAAUAUAUAAUAUGCUAUUUGCCUGGGAGUUUUGAAGAGUAUAAUGAUUAAAGUUGACAUUUUUUACAUACCUUUGAUCACUAUUCUUCUAAAUGUGCCAUUACAGUUCCUCAUUUCGUUUAAAAAUGUUAAUUUCAGGCUUUAAAAGAAGAACUGACAUGGUCAGCUCAUUUAGGCCUCCCUGCUGUAUUGAUGCCUCUUAGAAGUAGGAAUUGUGUCAACCUGGCACAGUGUAUAAGUGAGCAGGUUACUACAAGCUACUACCAGCAGGUAAAUAGUUAGGAGUUAUCAGAGGUCAAGCCUAGGCUAAGAAAUGGACAUUUUUACAAAUACAAACUAUAAUUUAAAAACUGUUCAUUUAAUUUUACUUAGAUGUCAUGCUGAAAGAAAACAUUUCCAGAAAUUACUGCUUUAAUCUUUAUAAGUCCCAGUGUAAUUUUAAGAAGAACAAGGCAUGUGGUAGCUUCUCAAGUGAGAGAGAAUUUGAUUAAUUCCUUAUGGUGAUGUUAUGCCGAAAAGUUGAAUUAUUUUUUUUCCUUUCUAACUUUUAUUGGUAUUAUUAGUGUAGGAAAUCAGUUCUGUGUUGGAAACAUCUGAUGUCCCUUAGUGUUUAUCUCCGUUUAAAUGGGAUGUUUUACUCUGUUCAAUAUCAUGUUUUAUUUUUUCAUUUGUCCUGUCUGCUGAGGAAGACUCUUAGCGGAAACAUUCAUAUUUUAUUGUAUUUUAGUUCUCUAUUUCCUUCCUUUAUUAAUUUAUACACUAUAAAUUAAAAUUAAUGAAUUACAUUUUUCAUUGUUAUAUUUUUCAAAAGCAAUACUGGAUUCAAGUUCCAUUAGUCAGUCCUGCUGAUAUGUGUGAUCCUGUUAUCGAGGGGAUGGACACUGAUAUGGUUGAUGAUAAAUAUGAGGAUACGUGGGCUUGGUGAGCUGACUAGUUAAUGAUUUAUUUUCUAACCCGUUAAAAUUUAAAUCUUUAUGUUUUCACUCUCCAUUGUUUCAUUUUCCGAUUACUUUAAAAAAAAUAUCUUCAUGUUAACUGUGCUACUUUAGAUUUUCCGAUUUGGUUUUCAGAUUAUUUUGAUUCCUUAAAACCAGCAGAAAAUAUAUUUUAGAGCCUUAGAUGCUUCCUGGGAUAGUAAAUAAACGUUUUCUCUGACAGAAAAAAGAAAUGCAAUGGCAGAGUAAAAUAGCAUUAAUUAAUUACAGGAGAAAUGUCUCCAAAUAGACUUAGGAAAUGUAGAAAGUGCAUUGUUUUUCCCCCAAACAUUUUAUUCACAAUGAUUUGAGUGAAGUAUCUUCUGUGUAUUUUUUUCAGGUGGAACCUGUUCAGGUCACUGUGUGACUCUAAUAAAAGGCUUGGUGUAGCUCUGGAACUAACGGCGGACCUUCCUUCCAACGAAGUGAUGGAACGAUGGCUCUCAGAACCAGUCAAAGCUGUCAUAGUGUCUACUUCACUUUUCUUGACCAACCACAAGGGGUAUCCUGUUCUUGCCAGGCCACACCAGGCUUUCAUUAAACAAAUGUUUAAGGUAGAAUUUAUUUGCUUUAUGUUAUAAUAGAGUAUAAGAAAGUUUUUAGUUUUAAAAAAAAUAUUUUUAAAAAAAAUUCUGAAGAUGGACUUAUUUGCAAGUAAAGCCAAUUUAUAGCAUUGGACCCACUGUAACCAUCAAUCCCUUCUUUGUGUGCCUUGGAAAUCUAAUUUGAAUUAUCUAGAUCAGUAGUUCUCAACCAUUUUUUUUGUGUUCACAACACACUAUCCUAUGUAUUAAGUUCCAACGGUGCACAAAGAUACGAGUAUGCAACAAUAUUAGAGGGGACAUGCAAUUUAGCAACUAUGUGAGAGCCUCUGUUUAACAUGUGCACAGCUUGUUUUAACCAGUCUGUUGUUUUAGGCUUGCAGUCCUAAUGUUUUGGCAAAUUUUGAGUUUGAAUUGUAAUUCCAUGCAUAUUAUAUCUGAUAUUGUAAGCCAAUAAAAAUCCUGUUUAAAAUAAGUUGAAGUACCUGAAUAUUAAGUGAAAUUAUUUUAAUUAAUUCAUCAAUAACACAAAGUCUCAGAAGUUUUGCUGCACACCCUUUCAGAACCUCUGAUAUAGAUCAUGCUUAAUUAAAUGUCUGAGAAAUAAAAAAAAACAUAAAUAAUACAAAUUAGCAACCUUUUAAAAAUGUGUGCAAUAAUAGGCUGAUUGGAAUUAGAACUGAACAUUACACAAAAUGUUAAUUCAAUCUCUUUUAAGAGCUUUUAUUCAUAGUAAUGUGUUUUGCAACAUUUGUUACCAACUGCCUAUUGGACUAUAUAGGCAGCCUAGCCUCAAAACACAUCACAUCUUCUAGUUGCAGGCUGGGAAUACAUUUUGCUAAUAACUUGUGGAAUAUUGUAUCAUAACAUAUGACAGUUACAAGCCACAAUUUAUUUUUAUUUAUUACUGUUAAAUGUGCUUCUAAAAAAUAAGUAACUCUGUCUUUCAAAUUUGAUAAAUUCAUAAAUAAAUGUUUUCCCUAUAACAAAAAAAAAUUCUUUUGCCUUCUAACUUGUUUUACUCAUUCUAAUUAUUGAUCAUGUGACUUAAAUUUUGUUUUAUUGAGCUUUAUUUAGCUAUGAGUUGAAAAUUUUUCUCUAGCUUGAAGCACAGGUCAUAAUCACAGGUCAAGAUCGCCAUCCUGAAAAGACCAUUCGAGCAUAUCAGCAAUACAUUGACCACUUGUGGCAAACCCAGGAUCCACUUGAUACUGUUAGCCAGUUUGCCAAAGGCUAUGAAGAUUUUCUCCAAUCUCCACUACAGGUAUGCUCUUUAGCCACUAUAUGUGUAUCACCAAGCACACAGUCAUCCACAUUAUGUGUACUGCCUGCCACCAGAACUGAAUGGUCCUGAAAACUUUCUAAGAGGGUCAUCCAUGUACUAAAUGUAUGCUCUGUGGUGGGACAGGUUUUUAAUGAUUGGGAUAUUUGUCAUGUGUGGAAACGUCAUGUGCGGAGACUUUUCAACAAUUCUAGAAAAUUAUUUUAGAUAUGUUUUUUUUUAAAAUCUCUUUUAUCAAACUUUUAGAUAUUGAUGUUUUCUAUUAAUGAUUGUAAAUAUUUAAUUUUAAAUACUUUUUUGGAUGUUGUUCGUCUUACUGUUUAAUUUUGAAUAGUUGAUUUUUUUGUUGUUUUUUUUUGUUGUAGUUUUUUUAAAGUUCAGGGUAAAUGAUUUCUGUGUACUCAUUGUAAAAAAAAAAGGGGAGGAGGGGUGUUGAUCAAGUGGCAUGAUAUGUAAAAAUGUGUUUAAUACUUGAUAAAUAAAAAAAUUACAAUUGAAGAUUCUCUUUUAUUCUAAGCCAUUGAUGGACAAUUUGGAAUCUCAGACCUAUGAAAUAUUUGAAAAAGAUCCUAUUAAAUACUCACAGUAUCAAAAGGUAAGUUUGGCUUCCUCAGUUAUGUAUGCUUCUCUUUAUAACAGUAUCUUGAUGUUUAAGAAAACAAUUUACUAAUUCCUUUUUGAAGAACAACAGGUUUAAUGUUAGGGACAAAAUAAGAGCCCUUUUUUAUAAGCAUCCUUGAUUUCUUGACAUGUUCAGUUGGAUUAUUAACAAAUAUUAGCAAUGAUUAGCAAAGUUUCAAUCUUUUGUUCAUAGGCUGUGUAUGAGGCAUUAAAGGACAGAGUUCCUCUAGAGAAGCGAGAUGAACAAGAUGUGUGAGUUGACAUAUUUUUUUAUUGACAUUAAUGUCAUGUAGACAAGCUGAGACGCAUUACUUUUUGUAGAUCUUUUUGCCUUCUUAUAAGUUCAAAUCUGACAGCAUCUCAGGAUAUUCCUGCAUCUGUAUUUAUUGACUUGUGUAUGGUAUAACACAGGUGUUUUAUAUUUUAUUGUCCAGAUAUGCUAAGAUGAAACUUGAAGAAGAAAUUAUUUACCUGAUGAAUCAAAUACAAUUUUAUUAGAUUUUUUUUUUUUUUAAUGAAAGAAAUACAAAUUUAGUUGAUUUUUUUUUACUUUCUGGUGAAACAAAUACAAUUUUAGUUGAUUUUUUUUUUUUAUGAAACAAAUACAAUUUUAGUUGAUUUUUGUUUACUGAUGAAACGUGUACAAUUUUGGUUGAUUUUUUUCCCCUUACAUCAAUUUUACAAUGUUUCUAGGGUAAUUAUGGUGGUAGGAGCUGGUAGAGGGCCACUUGUUCGUGCCUCCCUCGCUGCUGCGCAGGAAAUUGGUGUCAGGAUUAGAAAGUUGUAUGCUGUUGAAAAGAACCCAAAUGCUGUUAUAACGUAAAUAUAGCCGUUUUUUGCUUUCAUGCAUAGAUUGUUUUGUAGAUGCCCAUGAGAACAUGUUGACAGUUGUAGUUAUAGUUUCACUAUUUUAUUACUCUCCAUCAUUGUCAGUUUUUGGUGCAUAUGUACCAUUGCAAAGAUCACAACACGUUAAGCUGAAGAAUUUGAUAUCUAAACAUGCAAAAACUUAAAUUAUAAUAACAAAUGGCAAUGUGGAUUUUCACAAAUUAUAUUACCAUAUACAGGUGUUAAAUUUGAUGAUUUUUUUUUUUUAAAUGUUAUAUUAUAAUGUUACGUGGAAAUUACAGAUUUUCUUUAUGCCUUUUUACCCGGUCUGGGGCAUAGGCCGUCCACAAGAAUUCUCCACUCAUCACGGUCCUAUGCUUUCCUUUCCAAUUGCUUCCAGGUGUAUCCCAUAUUUUGUGUGUCUGCCUCUAGCUCACGUCUCCGCGUUUUCUUAGGCCUUCCUCUCUUUCUUUUUCCCUGUGGGUUCCAUGUUUGGCAUUGUCUGGUGGUGCUAUCUGGGGGUUUUCGGAGCGUAUGCCCUAUCCACCUCCAUCGUUUCUUUAUGAUAUCUUCAUCAAUGGGCACCUGGUAUGUCUUUUCUAGUAGAUCUUUGUUGGUGAUAGUAUUUGGCCAAUUGAUGGUCAGGAUUUUUCUAAGGCAUGUGUUUAUGAAUGUCUGCCUACAAUAAAUAUUUAUUGUUUUCGUUCUUUUGUAUAGCCUGGAGAACAUGAAGGAUGAAGAAUGGGGAGAUCUUGUGGAAGUCAUUUCCUGUGACAUGAGGGAGUGGGAGGCACCAGAGAAGACAGAUAUUCUUGUCAGUGAACUGCUAGGCUCUUUUGGGGACAAUGAGUUGUCACCAGAGUGUUUGGAUGGAGCCCAGAGAUAUCUCAAAGGUAACGGAAAAAGUAAUUUUUUAAGGUCAAAUCGAGACCUUUAUAAUAAUUUUUUUUAAACUGAAUAUCUUUAGGUAAGCUGAAUGAGAAAUUUACCAAAAAUCCUUGAGAUUCACAUAUAACUGUUUUUCCAAAUGUGUGUAAUAAUGUCACUUGGUCAAUCAGAGAUGUUUAAUGUGUUAUUCUUUUUUCUUUUGGUCCAUUUGUGGUGUCUUGAAAUGUCUGUUCAUUUAAUCAGGGAAAACUUUCAUUCAGUAUUUAAUUCUCCAUAAUCAGCACAAGUCACACAAAAUGAUUGAAUUACUAGUGAAAAAUUAUGUGCUGCAGAAAGUGUAAAUUAUUUGAUACUUGUUCAAACAGAGCAUAAUGAAAAAAAUCAUCAUAAAGGAUUUUUAUAUUAGUGAACAUUGAAAUGAAAAAACCUCUUAAAGUAAAUUUGUGCAGUUAUGUUUGUAAAAUCUUUGUGAGUUUCCAUAACCUCAUGUUUUGAACAAAUUCACAGAGGAUGGAAUCAGUAUUCCUGAAAAGUAUACCUCCUACUUGGCACCAGUGAUGUCAUCAAAGCUUUACAAUGAGGUUAGAGCAUCAAAAGCUGAGAGGGGCAAGCCACCAGAGGUGAUUUUUUUUUUUUACAUCUACAAGGAUAAAUAGAAACUAUAAUUAGAUCAUUUGUUUUAAAAUAUUAUUGGACUGGGCUAAUUUUAUUUCCUGAGUAUGCAGUAAAUAAUACACGCAUCAGCAUUUAUAUAGAACUGAAUUAAAGCCUUUAUUAAUUAAAAAAAUUAUGUUAAAUUGAGCAACAAUGCAUUUCCAAGAUCUUGGCUGCAAUAAAAAAAAAUUGUAAGUGAAUAUAAUAUUGUUAUGCCUGUAAAAACUUGGAUACUCUGAAAUUAUGACUGAACUUCUCAUACAAGAUGUUCACUGGAUUGAGAUUUUAAAGUCAACUUUAUAUAAUUGUCAAAUAUUCUCUAUAGGCUCCAUUUGAAAUGCCAUAUGUUGUUCGCCUUCACAAUUGUGCUAACCUCGACAAGCCUCAGCCAGUGUUUACAUUUGUUCAUCCAAAUAAAGGUAGGAUUUUUUCUAUUAUUUUUUAAAUAAAAUUAUGGUUAAUUUUCUUAGAUCAUUUGAGAGAUUAUUGGAGCGACACCAUACGUUGGAUAAGUUGACCAGUUUGCAAAAUUAAUGAAUAGGCAAUAGAGUAGAAUUUCAAGUAAUUAAAUCAAUUAUAAAUAACCUGAUUGCAUGGUAAUUUUUUUUUUACAGAUGUGGUGAUUGACAAUUGCCGCUUCAAAUCUCUGGAGUUCAAUGUUUCACAUGAUGCCAUAGUGCAUGGUUUUGCCGGGUAUUUUGACUCAAAUCUCUACAAAGAUGUUACACUAAGUAAGCUCCACAUAUUUUUAUUGUAAUGUGUUACCUAAUACAAAUCACUGUAAGAAUGGAGAAUAUAAAGGAUGAACUAUAACAUUUUGAAAAAAUAUUAAGAAAGUGUUUUUUUGUUUAUUGUUUUAUUUAUUUAUUUUAUUUAAAUAUCCUAAAAAGCUAUAAGUGUUGGUUCAAGUGUUAGAAAAAUAUUUGUUUUAUUUCUUAACAUGUAGUCUAUAAAUUUAUGGGUAUCACUUUGUAAUGAACUUUUUAAUAUUAAAUGACAUAAACUAAAACCCGCUGUUUUCAUAUUGCAGGUAUUGUUCCUGAUACUCACUCUCCAGGCAUGUUCAGCUGGUUUCCCAUAUUUUUCCCUAUAAGAGUGAGUAGAUUCCUCCAUGUAAACAUAAAUAUGCAAUGAUUUGCUAGCUGUUCGAAUUUAUAUUUUAGACUUCAAGAAGUUGGGGAGAGUGAAAUUGACUUUAUAACUAAUUGGAAAAGUUAAUUUAUCAUUUCUCUUCAACAAUCUUUCUGAACAGGUGCCUAUAAUGAUGAGCAAAAACUCCACCGUGACCGUAGAUAUCUGGCGUAGGUGCACCCCCAAAAAUGUAUGGUAUGAGUGGGCCUUCCGUUGCGGUGGUCAGGUCUCACCGAUCCACAACCCCAAGGGAAGAUCCUACACUAUAGGACUGUAGAACAACCAUUACCAGCAUGAUGCUUGUCUGACUCGAACUUCUGAGUGGUUCCUUUCAAUCAAUCUACGGUGAAAGAUUGGUUUAUAUCCAUCGAUCAUCAUCAAUUCACUAGCCACUUGCAAGAGUUGAGUCCGAAACAGCAUUUGGAUUGCCUGUUAUGUAAUUUUUAUAAUUUUUGUAAUCAUUGGCCUUGUUUACCCUCAAGUUCAAUAAGAUCAAGUUGACUAUAACACAGAGUGAUUAUGUUUGGAAAUAUAAUAGUAAUAGGGCAUUACACCAGUUGGUGUUUUUCCAUAAUAAAUUCUUAUUUAAAUA